UGUGUAAUGGAACAGUACUUUUGUCCUCCACCGAACGUCUUCAAUUGCCUUUGCCUGUCUCUCAGUAGUUUCUCAUGCGUAUUGCGCACCUAAUGCGUACUAUAGCAUUCUCCGGCAGUGUAUCACCACUGCGCCCUCUCAAAACCCUACCCGAUAAUUCUCCUUCUUCUCGAUUUCACUCCCAAUCUCUAUUCCAUCUCUGCAUUUCAACACAAAAUGCUCGGUUCAAUCUCGACCGGAAAGUCCAGUUCGAAGAAGUGGCUCGACCGGCUCCGAUUAUCCAAAGGUUUUCCGGCCGGCAACGAUCUCGAUCUCGAGCAAUUCCUCAACUACCACAAUCCUGAACCGGAAUUGAACUCGAUUUCAGUUGAUCCGAGCGAAAAACCGGUUCUCGAUCGCAGCAACCAAACAGCGGAGACUCCUCGACAAAAUGGAGAUAAAGAAUGGUUCGGUUUGAUGAGCAAUGUCCUCGCGGAGCUCUUUAACAUGGGGGAUCCGAACGAUUCGUCGAGAAUUCACUCCAAAAAGAGUUCUCGCAAGCAACCAAACCCUAGAAUUUGCCUGGUUUCGACACCGUCAAAUGUCGAUAGUGAGAACGACGCUUUGCGGUCUAGUGGCGACAACAGUUGUGCGGAGGUAAAGCAAACGAGUGAUGAUCAUCCAUCGAGGUUGAGGAAAGAAGAGAAUGUUGAGAAUGUUGAUGUUGAUUUUGGAGAGGAUGACAAGUUUCAUGCUGAUCUUUCGGCGUUUUCGCGCACCGACGUGACGGUGAUUGACACCAGCGUUCCGUUGUGGAAAUGCGAGAAGUUGUUAUUCAGAAGGAAGAAUGUGUGGAGGGUUCGCGAGAAGAAGAGUAAAUCGACCGCAAUUGGGAUGAAGAAGAGGAAGGCGAAUUUAUUGGAAGAUGAGAGUAAUGGUGGAGAGAAGAAACCAAAGCGGCGUGCUUCGUCCAAGGAUGCAAAUGGAGAAGAAUGUAUGAUGCCAUCAAAUCAGAUAUUGUCACGGGGCAAGCUUUCCUGUAAAUGUAUUGUAUCUUCUGAUCAUUUCUAUGAAUUUAAAGAUAAGUUAUUAGCCUUCUUCCAUUUAUCACAAAAUUUUAACCCAUUUAAAUGAUCAAAUUUUCCAUUUGAAUACGACAUAGAUUGACCAGUGUUCAACUUUGUGCAUGUAUUCUGUCUGAUUCAAGGCAUGGCAUAGCUAGUCACAUUGAUUGCUGGACACAUUCUGUCAUUUAUAAAAUUUCUUCCAAAGAUUUAACCCAUCUGUUAAGAACCUUGCUUUCAAAACUAAUAAUCACUACGUGCCAUGGAUAAUUCCUGAGGGCUUGCUGGUGUAAUGUAUCUUUAAAGAAAAACGCAUAAGAAAGAGUUGAAUUGUUAAAUAACUGUAAACAGCUGCAAAUGCGGAGGAGCUGCACGUGUAUGUGGACCUGAUUCUUGAAGACUUUGUAUUUGCCACUGGUGUGCACAACCUUCAUUAUGCUUCAUUUCAUC